GAACCAUAUUUGUUUGUUCCAUGAUUCCACCGUAGAUACCAUAAUAUAUACUAUUGUACCUUGGAUGUACCGAGUUUUUAAAACAGCAAACCCAAUCAAGUGGGAGAAGAAGAAGACGACCGAAAUAGCUCGAAAUUUUUAAUAUCAGAGUCAGUGAGAGAUAUGGGAAGAAGACCAUGCUGUGCCAAACAAGGCUUGAACAGGGGAGCUUGGUCUGCCAAUGAAGAUGAUAUCCUUGUUAACUACAUUCAAACCCACGGCGAAGGCAAAUGGAGAGAUCUUCCUCAAAAAGCCGGAUUGAAACGGUGCGGGAAGAGUUGCAGACUACGAUGGUUGAAUUAUCUUCGGCCCGAUAUUAAAAGAGGUAAUAUUUCCGCUGAAGAAGAAGACCUCAUUGUCAGACUGCAUAAGCUACUUGGUAACAGAUGGUCGUUGAUCGCUGGGAGAUUACCGGGACGUACGGACAACGAAAUCAAGAACUAUUGGAACACAAAUUUAAGCAGGAAAUUAUUUCAGGCAAAAAAGGUUCAAGAUUCCUCUAAACAACAUGGUAAUUUGAAAAAGAUAGCAACCAUGAAGAACUCCUCGAAAUCUAAUGGUCCUGAGGAGUUGAAUCCCGAAAAGUUAACAGAAUCUCAGCAGCACCACGUGAUUCAUACAAAAGCAUUUCGGUGCAAAAAGGUUGUCAUGCCAAGGUUACUGGCUGAUGCUGAUGAUGAUCAGAUGGUUGAUAAAAAUAUAGUCCUGGGUUCGGCCAGUGGAACUCCAUCUUCUUUGGGAGUUGACAAUUCCAAUUCAUCAGACUUCCUAAAUGAUUUCGACAUUAACGACCUUCUGUUUUCGGAUUUAGAGCUGAAGUCGGAGUUGUGUGAAGCCAAGGAGAGCAAGAAUAAUUAUGAUGAUGUUAAAUAUCGUAAUAAUGACUUUGUGGACGGUUGUUUUGAUUUUUCAGUUGACGAAACAAUGUUUGAUUCAGAUCACUGCUUGAUGGACGAAACACUUAUAAGGUCUGAAAUUUGGGGCGACACUUUUGAAGCAAAUGAAAUUGGGACGUCGGACAGCAAUGCGUUUUCACCGUUUCUCAAUUUACUGGAUUAAUUUAAUUAGUUGAAAAUUAAUUUUAAUUAUUAAAUUUAAACCAGCGUUUCAUUCAAUAAUCUGUGUUCGCUGCGAAUUAAUUUGCAAUGUACUAGCUGGCUUUGAUGAUUGCACUGUAUGUGGUUGUUGUUGUUGUU